AUGGAACUACCGGAGGGAGGCAAAGUUUACUAUACGGACAUGUUGGACUUUUUGCACAAACUACUAGAUAACAAUACAAUAGAUGAAAAUGACAUCCUAAACUACUUCGGAAAAAACGAAUUCAACGGCAUUACUCCACCCCGUGUACAGCGAAGAGAUCAAAUAAUUCUAAUCGGGGCACCGUUUGUUUUUUUCAUUGGAGUGAUUGGGCAUCUGAUGUCCUUACUUAUUUUGCCAUAUUUCGCCAAAAAAGAGUCGACAUAUGUAUAUCUAUUAUCUCUUUCAAUAUUUGACCUUCUUGUAUUACAUGUAGGUCUGCUUGUUCGGUGGUUAAACGAGAUUCUGGGAACGAAUAUCCUUUCUCGCAGUAACUUCACAUGUAAAACGUUGACUUUUCUAAGUCUUGUUUUUAGUGAUACAUCAGUUUGGCUUCUAGUGGUCGUAACGUUCGAAAGAUUUGUCAUGCUUUAUCAUCCAUUUCAAGCGACUGUUAUAUGCAAAGUUCGUCGUUCGCUCAUUAUUAUUUUGCUGGUGUUGGGCAUACUAGCAAUGGUUAACAGCCAUGUAUUCUGGACACUCGAAAUCGUCAUCAACAAUGUGACCAAACAACAAAGUUGUGAUCCCGCCGCAAAAAGCAACACAAUGAUUUAUCAAAUUUGGCCGCUGAUCGAUUCUUUUAUUUAUUUUAUCUUGCCCUUCCUAAGUACAUGUAUCUUAAACGGCAGAAUCAUCAAGAAAAUCCGUGGCAUAAAGAAAAGAAAUCCUUUGGUCAACGCAAGACGAUUUUUGAAAACGUCUGUCGAUCAGAAAUCACCCAGGGUCGAAAGGAAGUUGACAACAACCAUGGUCAUUUUGUCUCUGACCUUUGUAGUGUCCACCCUUCCUAUGCUGGUCUACUUGUGUGUGACUGCGGUGUUAAACUCUCUUCAUAACCAGCCUAUAUUCAGUCGCGAAAGAUAUCAGUAUUUCCGGUCUUUUGCAGAGCUUAUGAUGUAUUGCAACCAUGCCAUAAACUUUUAUCUCUACAUCGCAAAUUCUAAAAGACUUCGGUUAUGGUUUCAAAAACGAAUUUGUAAGCAAAAGGCUGAACAACUAGUCAUCGGAAACGAAGUGUUCGAAAUGCAAGAAUAUUCUUCAAGAUAUUCAUAA